AUAAAAUAAAAACAAAAGAAAAUCUCAACCGUCUAUUCAUCUCAAAUAAAAUAUCAAACCAAACAACAGAACAAACCCUCUUUCGCCGUCCUUGUGCUCUUCUCUCUCUCCCUCUUGUUUCUCUUUCCUCUUCUUGCCUCACAAAUCGAACGAAGAUUGAGAGAAGAAAUUUAGAGUGAGAAGAAGAUGUUUGGGAGGCCACCAAAGAAGAGUGAUAGUACGAGGUACUAUGAGAUCUUGGGAGUACCAAAAAAUGCUUCACCUGAAGAUCUAAAGAAAGCUUAUAAGAAAGCUGCCAUUAAGAAUCAUCCUGACAAGGGUGGUGAUCCAGAGAAGUUCAAGGAACUGGCUCAUGCAUAUGAAGUUCUAAGUGAUCCAGAGAAGCGUGAGAUAUACGAUCAGUAUGGUGAGGAUGCUCUCAAGGAAGGGAUGGGUGGUGGCGGUGGGGCUCAUGACCCAUUUGAUAUCUUCUCCUCAUUCUUUGGGGGUAGUCCGUUUGGUGGUGGUGGUGGGAGUAGCAGAGGCCGAAGGCAAAGAAGGGGAGAGGAUGUUAUUCAUCCGCUAAAGGUCUCUUUGGAGGACAUCUACAAUGGUACAUCAAAGAAACUAUCACUUUCCCGCAACGUUAUCUGCUCCAAAUGCAAAGGAAAAGGGUCAAAAUCUGGUGCUUCAAUGAAGUGUCCUGGAUGCCAAGGAUCUGGAGUGAAAAUCUCUAUCAGGCAUCUUGGUCCUUCUAUGAUCCAGCAGAUGCAGCAUGCUUGUAAUGAGUGCAAGGGUACUGGUGAGACCAUCAAUGACAGGGAUCGUUGCCUACAAUGUAAAGGUGAGAAGGCUGUGCAGGAGAAGAAAGUUCUGGAAGUUCAUGUUGAGAAGGGAAUGCAAAAUGGACAAAAGAUUACAUUUCCUGGAGAAGCUGAUGAAGCGCCUGACACUGUCACUGGCGACAUAGUGUUUAUACUACAGCAGAAGGAGCACUCAAAGUACAAGCGAAAGGGUGAUGAUCUUUUUUAUGAGCAUACCCUUUCCCUUACUGAGGCCCUCUGUGGUUUUCAGUUUGUAUUGACCCAUUUGGACAAUAGACAGUUGUUAAUCAAAUCUCAGCCUGGAGAAGUUGUAAAGCCAGACUCCUUCAAAGCAAUAAAUGAUGAAGGAAUGCCUAUGUAUCAGAGACCCUUCAUGAAAGGCAAACUGUAUAUCCACUUCACAGUUGAAUUCCCCGACUCAUUGGCAGUGGACCAGUGCAAGUCUCUGGAGGCUGUGCUUCCUCCUAGGUCUGCAGCCCAGCUAACUGAUAUGGAGUUGGAUGAAUGUGAGGAGACAACCCUGCAUGAUGUCAAUAUUGAGGAAGAAAUGCGUCGGAAGGAGGCUCGAGCCCAGCAGGAGGCCUACGACGAAGAUGAGGACAUGCAUGGUGGUGCUCAAAGGGUUCAGUGCGCUCAGCAAUAAUCUGACUUGGACGUGAUUUCAUUGAUCAUGGGAUGGUCUACUGAAGGGGAUAAGACAUGCCCUUAGCAAGUUGUACGCGCUAAAGAUUAAUGGCUAACGACAAGAAUAAGUUUAUUUCGCUGUUCUAGUAUUAGCCUAUCAAUUCAUAGAUGCCUUGAAAAAUUCUUGUCGAACGAAGUGGCAUUUUUUCUAGUUGUUGAAACAGGAUUUUCUAUCUCAAUUAGAGAUGGCGUUACUUAUAAUGGUUAGGUUUGUGUAGAACAUUUUUUUUUUGCUUCCUGACAACGAUGAUAUCAUAAUUGUUGCUAAAGCCGUGGCUUGAUUUGUAUGGUUCAAGAAAGAAUUAAGUAGGCCCUCUCUAGUGGCUAAAAAUUCCCAAUUCCCUUUGGUUUGUAGUUUUGGGUUUUUAACUUCUACUUUUGUCAUUAUCCAUUUAUUUUUUGACCAAUUGUUGUACUAAGCAGCGUUUAUGUUAGUAAAAUUAUAAAGAUAUUAAGAUUGAUGGUA